AUGGACUCACCGGGAGACUCCGAAGGCCCACGCCCCCCAGGAGGUGAUGGCCCUCCAGGGGGUGCAAUGGAGACAUCCAGGCGGCUUUCAAGAGAACAGAUUUUUGUACUGAUAUCAGCAGCUUCCAUUAACUUAGGUUCCAUGAUGUGCUAUUCUAUCCUUGGACCCUUUUUCCCCAAGGAGGCUGAAAAGAAAGGAGCCAGCAAUACAGUGAUUGGUAUGAUCUUUGGAUGUUAUGCUUUGUUUGACUUUCUGGCAUCUUUGGUAUUUGGAAAAUAUCUUGUACAGAUUGGAGCAAAAUUUAUGUUUGUAGCAGGAAUGUUUGUCUCAGGAGCAGUUACAGUUCUCUUUGGUCUCUUGGACCAAGUUCCAGAAGGAGCAGUGUUUAUUGCUAUGUGUUUUCUACUGAGAAUAACUGAUGCAAUAAGUUUCGAGGCAGCAAUAACUGCGUCUUCUUCUAUUCUUGCAAAGGCUUUUCCAAACAGUGUGGCUACAGUAUUGGGAAGUCUUGAGACUUUCUCUGGACUGGGACUAGUGCUGGGGCCUCCUUUGGGUGGCUUUUUGUAUCAGUCCUUUGGCUAUGAGGUGCCUUUCAUUUUUCUGGGAUGCAUAGUUCUGCUGAUGGUUCCCCUCAACAUGUAUAUUUUACCCAAUUAUGAGUCUGAUAAAGGGAAACACUCGUUCUGGAAACUCAUCACUUUACCCAAGGUUGCCUUUUUAUCCUUUGUCAUCACCUCAUUCAGCUCCUGUUUUGGCUUCCUUGAGCCUACACUGUCCCUCUUUGUUUUGGAGAAGUUUAAUUUACCAGCUGGAUAUGUGGGACUGGUAUUCCUGGGUUUGGCAUUAUCCUAUGCCAUUUCUUCACCACUGGUGGGCCUACUCAGUGAUAAAAUGCCACACCUAAGGAAAUGGCUUCUGGUUUUUGGAAACUUAACCUUAGCAGGUUGCUACAUGCUCUUAGGACCUGCCCCAUUCUUGCACAUUAAGAGUCAACUCUGGUUGUUGGUGCUGAUAUUAGUCAUAAAUGGUAUCUCUGCUGGAAUUGGCUUGAUUCCAACUUUCCCAGAGAUUCUCAGUUGCGCACAUGAAAAUGGAUUUGAAGAAGGAUUAAGUACCCUGGGACUUGUGUCAGGUCUCUUUGGUGCAAUGUGGUCAGUUGGUGCUUUUGUAGGACCAACGCUGGGGGGAUUUCUCUAUGAGAAAAUUGGUUUCGAGUGGGCAGCUGCUCUACAGGGUCUCUGGGCUCUGACAAGCGGACUAGUGAUGGGCUUGUUUUAUCUGUUGGAGCACUCGAGGAGAAGGAGGAGAUCUGAACUUCAAAAUAUCCUUGGCACAGAGGAGGAACGGACUGCUCUCUUGGCUGAUGAAAGGUAGCCUUAGGAUUUCAACUAGUACAGGACUGAAAGAUGGAUGCUCCUGGCCUUGAACAUCAGUGUUAGACUUUCUUAAUUUUUAUGCACAAAACUCCGUGGACUUCACACCAGCAUCCUGGAAAUGUUAACGUAGUUUUGGGUAAUCCUGUGUGGGCUACACAUCCUGUCGUCCUGAAGAACUGGCCUACUGAACCAGUCAUAUUUGAAAUCUUAAAUAUGAGAGGAGUCGUUGAAAAUGAACAGAAGUUUGUGAUUUUGAGUGGCUAGACUUGGCCUUGAAGAUGUUGUUGACUCUAGGUAUCCUGUUUCAUCUGUUUACUUUUUAUUGAGUGCACUGAUUCUGUGAAUGUACCUUUUUUAUUAACAGGAAAAGAAAUGAAUUUA